UCACUCACUUCCCUCAGUGACCUUGACAAGUCAGAAGCUUGAAAACAGGGAAAUCCGGAUGUCUCGAUUAUGAAGUGGAGCCGUGGGGACCACAACAUAUUUCCAGAAGUCUCCAUCCAGACUGGUGAUUGCAUGCCUUUGUUACUGCCAGUGGCUGUCUGAGGUGUUCCUCUGGCUCUGAAGGGGUUGGCACAAUGACCAAGUACUUCAGCCUGGUGUUGCUUCUUGCCUCCAUCUGGACCACAAGGCUUUUGGGUCAAGGCUCUGUCCAGGUACAAGAACUUUCCUUCUUAGUGCAAUGCAGAAUUAUGGGAGUCACCCUUUUGACCAAAAAGACAAAUGUGCAGCUGAAUUUCACAGAAGCCAAGGAGGCCUGUGAGCUGAUGGGACUAACUUUUGCCAGCAAAGAUCAGGUUGAAGCAGCAUGGAAGUCUGGCUUUGAGACUUGCAGCUAUGGAUGGGUUGCAGAUCAGGUCUUAGUCAUCCCUCGGAUUCACCCAAACCCGAAGUGUGGAAAGAAUGGGAUGGGUGUCCUGGUUUGGAGAAAUUCACCCAGCCAAAAGUUCAGGGCCUAUUGUCACAACUCAUCUGAUACUUGGAUUAACUCAUGCCUUCCACAAAUUACUACCACCAAAGAUCCCAUAUUCAACACUCAAACGGCAGCAUACACACCAGAAAUGACUGAUACUGACACCAUACACUCAGCAUUGUCUACUGAUACACUGUACUCUACUACAACUCCUUCUGCCCCUACUCGGGCUCGGGCUACCAUUUCUCCACGAAAAACAAAAUUAAUUUGCGUAACAGAAGUUUUUAUAGAAACUACCACAUCUACAGAAACUGAAUCACCUAUUGAAUAUAAAACAGCAUUCAAGAAUGAAGAUGUUGGAUUUGGAGGUGUUCCCACGGCUCUGCUAGUGCUUGCACUCCUCUUCUUUGCCGCUGCAGCUGGUCUCGCCGUUUGCUACGUCAAAAGGUAUGUAAAGGCCUUCCCUUUUACAAACAAGAAUCAGCAGAAGGAAAUGAUUGAAACCAAAGUAGUGAAGGAGGAAAAGGCUGAUGAUGGCAACCCUGGUGAGAACUCAAAGAAAACAGAUAAAAAGCCAGAAGAGCCCAACAGUCCACCCAAAACUACAGUACGGUGCAUGGAAGCUGAAGUUUAGAAGAGAAAAAAAUGAGAGCACACACCUGAGGCUGAUUUCUUUCCUGACACAUAUCCUGGCUCCAGGUGGGGAAACUAAAAGGGCUAAAGGACCAAACAAGAAAGUCCAGCCUUGCUUCCUAACUGGAAUCAACUCAGGGCUAUCUUUGGACUAUGUAGGUAAUGAAACCAAAGUGAAUUCCUGUUUUACUGCAAUCCUUGCUGAAUCCUAUCCUCCUGCCUCCAAAGCUUCCCACAGCUUUUCUAGCCUCGUUAUGUCCUAAUAAUAUCCCAGUGGGAGAAUGGAGCUAACAAAGUACAAGGAUCUAAAACAGCUAAUCUGAACACAUUUGUAAAGAGACCUCUCAGCUGGCUGAGAACAGGUGAGUUGAGAGCCAAGAAACCACCAAAACCAAGGCUUUCUCUAUUGACUCCACAGCCCAGAUCCCUUCUUCAGCUCUGAAAGGGAAACAUUUAUACCACCUGGCAUAUCCUUCUGAGCCAGGCAAGAGCAAAAGAAGGAAGGAAAAGUUUAGUAACUGAAGGCCAUAGAGAUUCCCGUGACUUGAGACCUGAUCUCUGUAAAGCCAAAAUAAACAGAGGAAAAUAAUGAGGCUGAGGAUAUUGACAGCAAUUAUCAGCAGAGACUACAAAUACAGAGAGGGUCAAAGUAUUCAUCUCUGAAUAAUUGGAGUUGGAAUCACUUUUUAGAACAUACACACAUUUUCUUUUCUUUUUAUUUUGCUGCUAUUUUCUGUAGAAAAAUAUACUUUUGCAAGAAACCAAAAAAAUCUCUUAGAAAUUUCUAUUUUUAUCUGGGUGAUAGAUAUUAUUACUGAGGAAAAUUACUGUGUUAAAAAGCAAUGAAAUUUAACAAACAUUUGCUGAAUAUCUACUAUAUAUUAGGUAUUGUGCAAGGUAUUACAUUCUGUAAUUGAACAUUAUUCAUCAAAAGAUUGCACAUAGUAUAAUAAUGUCUGAAGUUAAUUGUUUUGUUUUGAUAUCCCUAGCUUAUCCUCUUUUAAAACUAAUUUUUUUGCUGAGACUAACCUAUUAAUUAUUUUCUCUAAUAUGAUAACCAUUAGGACCUUAAUUUAUUAUUAACAUACUUAAAAAAAUACAUUACCUUUAUAAAAUAAUACACAUUUUUAAUGUCAUUAAAAAAUGUAUCACUAGCUCUCCAUUUUCCAGCAAGAAGAACCCGAGAAGUGCAGAAAUAUUUAUAAAUAUUUGUGCCAAAAAUAAAAUUAUUUAGAAAACUUCUUUGCUCUCUUAUUUACAUAGAUAUAUUAUAACUUUCAUGCAAAGUAAAAGUUGUCUGUUGUUUGCAAAAGUAAGACAACUAUGGUUGUUGGACUACAAACAAUUGUAAAAUCAAUAGUAUAUACAUCACCAUGUGGGACUGUUCUUGCUUCAUAUGGUCUUAAUUUUUAAAAUUUUUAUUUAUUGAUUUGAGAAAGCAGAAGGGGGGAGAAGGGAGGGAGGGAGGGAGGGAGGGAGAGAGAGAGAGAGAGAGAGAGAGGUGGAUUUGUUGUUCCACUCAUUUGUGCAUUCAUUUGUUGCUUCUUGUAUGCGUCCUGACCAGGGCUUGAACCUGCAACCUUGGCAUAUCAGGACAAUGCUCUAAGCUACCCAGACAGGGCAAUAUCAGCUUAAUUUUAAGUUGAUCAAGUACACACACACACACACAAACACAAGUCCUUUUCUUGUGAUUCAGAUCCUACAUUCCAAUCCAUUUCAGAGUUCACAGGAAGUGAAAGAUUCAAGAUAGCCCAUUUGUCUUUUUUCCCUCUAGUUUUAUGUCUUUCCCCUCUCUAGUUUUCCCUUCUGAGACUGCUAUUAAUUUCUUCCCCUCACAAGUGACCCCAUAGCGUCAUGAUUCUUUUAUCUCAGAGGCCAUAACUGGUUGGCAUACUCUUUUUUGGUUGGCCCACAGAGUAUUAUCUUAAUUUUUUGUUUAAUUGCCAAGAAUUAAAAAUCAGGAAUUUAAAAUUUUUAAAUAUUGUUUUUCUUCUUUU